GUAUGGGUGGACACGGUGGCCAGCCUUGUAUCUUUCACUCAACCCACUUGGAACUGCACAGUGUGGCCAACAAUGUCCAACAACAACAAGAGCCGUCCUCAAGAUUCUGCAACUCACGUACUACCUUCAAAUGCCUUCUCGUCCAUCAUUCUCUCAGGUGUUGCAAAGCAUAACUCAGAGGAAAUUGAUGUGCAACUGAAUCGGGGCACUCCUCGCGCUAACAAGCCUUUUAUUGUCAAGGAGCGUGGUCGACCUCCAAAGCCUCCAACACCACCUCCAUCUCAAUUGCCACCUCCUGGUAACUUGACGCUCCACCUCAAGGUUGGUCCCAAAAUUGGUCGCGGUCGUGUUGGCCGUGUAUAUGAAGCCUCAGUUGUUACCGAUAAUUCGAGCGCAGAGCUGGCUGGUAUGGUACUUCCUGAACUAGUCCUCAAGAUAUCCCGUCGACAAGACAGCAAGAAGCUAGCGCGCGAAGCCUAUUACUACCAGGAGAUGGAAUGCCUCCAAGGCGUUGCUAUUGCGCGAUGCUAUGGUGUUUACGAGACAAUUGUUCCUGCCGACUGGGAUUUCUUGCCCUGGAAAAGUGAUCCUCUGGACGCGUCGAAGCGCCAAUACAAGUCUGAUAGCGACAUUUCGGAUUCUGAAUGCGAGGACUCCGAAUCUGAUGACUAUAGACCUGAUCAAUACUCCGACUACGAGUCCGACGAAGAUGAAGAUGAAGAACAUGAUAAGAAGGAGAAGAAGGAGCAAACUCUAGAUACGGAGACAAAGGAUGCGGAGCGAGUGGAGGAUGAGAUGGAUAACGAUGACUAUUUUGACAGUGACGAUGAGGAAACGCCAGUCCCCGUCGACACGCCACUUGCCAUUCUCAUACUUGAACGGUUGGGUGAACGUGUACCCCUAGGACAGCCGCUUCCGAAGGGUUUCAAACAACAUAUCUAUGGUUUGUAUCAUGAUAUCGCUGAGCUUGGUGUCGACCAUGUCGAUAUCCGAUGGCAGAAUAUUCUCAGUGUGCCGCGUUCUCCAUCUACGUUGCCAAGCUUACCGUCACCUUUUACUGGUCGGAAGUACAAGUGGCGACUGGUAGACUUCGACAGAUCUUACAAGACCAACCGGACAGCAGCGCACUCCUAUUGCUACCACGUCGAAUAUUUAUCUGCUCUUUUGAACGGCAUCCCUUACGGUGAUGCCAUGGAGCCCUGGGAGUAAUUUCCUUCCGAGUCUUUGUUGUCCCCACAUACAAUGUAGACCUAGCUUUCUGAUUAGACUGAAGUUCCCAUGUUUGUACCUUACGGUCAUCGUUGAAACCCUUUCCACCUUCUGUUAUUUGGUCAUUGAGGAUAGACAAUGUGUAGAGGAAUUGAUGUGUGUAAUAACUGCACUUUAGGAUGACUUAUCAUUGUCGCUCUCCUUUGAUAUUCUCUCCGCAAUUUCGUGAUAUUCUCUCUUCCAUGUGACACGUUAUCUACUAUCCUCCCGCAAUGAAGCUUUCGCGCCAGGUGCUUUCUGUCGCUAGUUCCACUGCGAACUUUGUCUAUUAAUGCGUUUUGGAAGGCUUCGGUUGAGUGCUGUGACAGAUCGUCUAAGAAGCAUAGCUUGGCUGAAAUCCAUAGUACAAAUAGAGUCCAGGAUAACGU